GCCAAAACACCGCCACCGGAGAAACGAAACACCUCCGCAGGGACAACCCCGUCAUCGUCACUUUUCAACCUCCACAGGGACCUCGAACCCGAACCAGAUCUCUCCAAUCUCGCUUUAACUGCACUGGUCACACUUGUCCUGUGUAAACCUGUCCUCCUAUCGAGCUCCAUCCCGCGCGAAAGCCUUAUCCCAGCUUUCAUCCGUCCUCCCUACCCUUCGCGACCCAGCCAGCGCCACACUAUCAAAAUGCGAAUACAAUCAAAUGGAGUUCCACUCCUCCUCUCCGCCCUCCUACCGAGCCUGGCAUCCGCGUCUGGCUUCGACUGCGCGAACAUCAAUGUCGGCAAUCACAAAUACGAUCUCAGUCCCCUAAAAGGCGUCCACGUACUGAAUACCACCGUGGAGACACCUGACAACAUGACGAGGACGAGCACAACAUACCGAUUGAAUAUUUGCAAUACUCUCAAGAGCUCUGCCCAGUACGACGAGAACAUAUCGUGCGGAACUAACAAAAACAUUUGCGCAUUCGUGCGCCGAGCCGAGAAAGACGGAAGUGGCGUUCAUACUUUCCCGUUCCCGAUCGUCGACCUCGAGGCCGCUGGCGAAGACUCGAAGAGCCCAGAACUGAAGCGAUUGAAGGAUAUCGACCCAGAGACCGAGGGUCUACGCGUUAAGCUGGGAGGUGGCACAUACAAGGAAUAUUCCAAAGACAAGGGUAAGAAGGCAGGCGCUAUAAUUGAGUUCCAGUGCGACCACGAGCGAUCUGGACUGGAGGGCCUGGAUACAAUUGAGGAUCCGGAAGCGAAGGAGCGACGACGAAGAGCGGACGGUGAGGGAGGUGGUGUGUCCUCGAGCAACAGCAGCAGUAGUCUGCAAUUCAAGAGCGCUGGUCCGUCGGAUGACGAUACCUACAUCCUGAGACUGGAUUGGCGCACAAAGUACGCCUGCGACGAGUACGAGAAGGAGAAGGGCGAUACUCCUAGCUCCAAGAGCUGGGGGUUCUUUACCUGGUUGAUCAUCAUUGCCUUCCUCUUCAUUGCUGCCUACCUCAUCUUCGGCUCCUGGCUCAACUACAACCGUUACGGCGCCCGUGGCUGGGAUCUGCUCCCUCAUGGUGAUACCAUCCGUGAUAUCCCCUAUAUCUUCCAGGACUGGCUCCGUCGUGUGGUCAAUACUCUGCAAGGAGCGGGCUCGCGGGGUGGUUACAAUUUCGGUGAUCGGCGCAAGCAUCUCCACCUCAUGUUUACCUUUACUCAAGGUCUCCCAUAUUGCUCUUUCGCCAGUAUCAUCCAGCUUGUGUGGGCUCUUGUGAUUCAAAUCUACAGCUUCCUCGCAACGCUUGGAGUCCAGAAACUCAGGCAAGCACUGGUUGGGAUACUACAUGGGCAAUGA